UGCUGCUUGUCAAUCGCGGAGGAAGCCAUGGACAGCGAUGAUGAAAACGUGGAGGAGACGGUGGAAGGACAAUUAGAUGACGAUGGUCUGCCUCAUGGCCUGUGCAUGGUCAGUUACAGCUCCACAGAUCGCUUUGAGGGGCAUUUUGUACAUGGCGAAAAAAAUGGACGCGGCAAAUUCUUCUUCUUUGAUGGAAGUACUUUGGAAGGUUUUUAUGUUGACGAUGCGUUGCAAGGACAAGGAGUAUAUACAUAUGAGGAUGGAGGUGUCCUACAUGGCACAUACGUGGACGGGGAGCUGAAUGGACCAGCACAGGAGUUUGAUACGGAUGGAAGGUUGAUAUUCAAAGGUCAAUAUAAAGACAACAUCCGACAUGGCAUCUGCUGGAUUUACUACCCAGAUGGAGGCGGCCUUGUGGGAGAGGUGAAUGAAGAUGGGGAAAUGACAGGGAAUAAGAUAGCCUAUGUCUAUCCUGAUGGAAGAACAGCACUGCAUGGGAAAUUCAUUGAUGGAGAAAUGCUGGAAGGAAAGCUGGCCUUCCUCACGUCUGUUAAAGAAGGAUGGCCACACUUUGAAAUUAUCCCUGACAGUAAAGUUUAUUCUUUUGAUAAAUCAACUUCAUAGUGUAUUUCUAUAGACACAAUUCUCCCGCCAUACCAGAUUGAAAGAAUGUAUAUAGCAGACUCGCUUAUUUCCAAUGCUGGAGAAGGUCUCUAUGCUAAAAUAGCUGCUGGCCCCAAUACUGUGAUGUCAUUUUACAAUGGUGUUCGGAUUACACAUCAAGAGGUCGAUAGCAGAGAUUGGUCUUUGAACGGCAAUACAAUUUCUUUAGAUGAGGAAACUGUAAUUGAUGUACCAGAGCCCUUCAAAGCGACUGCUAAAUAUUAUGCCUCCCAAGGGCACAAAGCCAACCACUCCUUCAAUCCCAACUGUAUGUAUGACCUGUUUGUCCACCCAAGGUUUGGACCUAUCAAGUGUAUCCGAACCAUUUCAGCUGUGGAGAAGGAUGAAGAACUUACUGUGGCCUAUGGCUACGACCACAACGCUACAGGGAAUAAUGGUCCUGAGGCACCGGAAUGGUACCAGCAGCAGUUGAAGGCAUUUCAUAUGUGUCAGCAGAAGUGAUCAGCACCACCUUUUCUCCUUCUCUCUUUGCGUUGGGUAACUGGAUCUAUGCAUAAUGUUUCUACUGGAGUUUUCUGGACAU